AUGAAAUCUUUUGCUUUGUCAACUCUUUCAUUUUCUGCUGCAGAGACUCUUGUCCCGGUCACUCCUCCUCCUCUUUGUCCAGAUUUGGACAAGAACGAAAUCUGCAGUACAGAAUGCUCAGAUGCUCGGGACAGUUGCUACAGUGGAUGUGGAAAUGAUUACACUUGCGCGAAUCGCUGCAAUGUCGUUUGGUUGGAUUGUCUUGAAACUUGCCCUUGCUCAUCUGGCUGCCCAGACGGUUGUGAUGGCUGCCCGCAUCCAGUUUGCGAGUCAACCGAGCAGUAUCUUUUCAUGAUCAACUACGACUGGAGUUUUGAUAAUAAAGCUCUUUUAUUGAGACUUUCCGAUGAUACCUUUAUCGAAUCGAGUUUCAACUAUCGAUUCGACAUCAUGGACGUCGACGAUGCCUGCUACUCGUACAUCAAGGGCAACCACUACUUUCUCGGCGGAUACUACAAUCCCCGAGCGAUAAUCAAGGUCACCGACUGCGAGUUCAAAUUGCAAGACGACGAGUUGAUGGUUCCGCAUAUCGAUGGGAUGUGGGGAUCCUGCACUACGUAUUUUGAUCAGGCGCAUCUUUGUUUCUCCGAAGAUGGAGUAGGGGCGAAAAAAUGUCAAAGAUUCGAUGGAGAAAAUCAAGAAACAGACAUUUCAGCUUCAAGUUUUGGGUCAAAAAUGAAAAAAAAAAGAUCAAUUGUAUUUUUUUAUUUUGGUGUUCAUUUUUUCAAUAAUCUACGAGAAAUCUUGACCCAAGAAUCAAGGCAUCCUCAUGAUUGGACUGCGAUGGCGGUUUAUGACAACAAAAUGUGGGUCGUCGGAGGCUGCGAUCCAGACGACUUUUCCGCCUGCCACAAUCACGUCGAAUACUACAUUCACAACAACUACUCGUGGUUUUCCGGACCGGAGCAUCCGGCUGAAAAAGUUUAUGGAGGACUUGUUCUUGGAGACGCUUCUGGUUUGUAUACUUUUGCCGGGCGAGGACCAAACCAGGGUCGCUCCGUUUUCCGAAUGAGAAGUGGCAGUUGGUCAUUCUUGGGUCAAAUGACUGCUGCUGCGGGAUACUCGUAUUAUUUUUCAAGCGGAAAGAUUGUCGGCAACUUCGCUUACGUCGGGGAAAACAAUUUCGAAAAAGUCAACCUCGAAGACGAAGCAUUUCCUCUUUCGACGAACAUUGGUCCAGAAUACGAGUCCCUUAAUCUUUACUACGCUGCUAUGAUUCUCACUGACCGACCAAUUUGUAUUGAAUAA